AUGGCAGCGCGCGGCGCCUCGUUGCGCGACAAACAGAUCGCGUCGCUGAAGAAGAUCUUGAACCUGAACGAAGACGUCGAAGCCGGUGACAACGACGACUCGCAUGCCAACGGCCUCGCAACCUCGCCAAUCGCCUGGAAGGUCCUCGUCUUCGAUGACCUAGGGCAAGAUGUCAUCAGCUCCGUUCUGAGGGUCAGCGAUCUCCGGAGCCUGGGGGUCACGAUACACCUGAAAAUCACGGCUCAGCGCGCACCAAUACCCGACGUGCCGGUUGUCUACUUGCUGGAGCCGAAUGCGCAAAACCUCCAAAGGAUUACUGAAGACCUUCAGAAAGGACUAUAUACCCCUGCAUACAUCAACUUCCUGUCCUCGAUCCCUCGACCGCUGCUCGAAGAUUUUGCGACAAUGACCGCCACGGCAGAAACAUCUGAGCAGAUUGCGCACGUUUAUGACCAAUACCUGAACUUCAUUGUUGCCGAGCCAGAUCUGUUCUCCCUGGGCAUGGAGAAGGAUCACGUGUAUUGGGCCCUGAACAGCGCAAAAACAAAGGACGAAGAGCUUGACCACGUCGUUGACAAGGUUGUCAGCGGGCUGUUCUCCGUCAUCGUCACCAUGGGCGUCAUACCAAUCAUACGAGCCAGUCGCGGUGCUGCUGCUGAGAUGAUAGCCCAGAAGCUUGACCGGAAACUCCGUGAUCAUAUCUUGAAUUCGGGCUCCAAGGACGGCCUUUUCUCGAACCGACCCAGUUCGUCUGCUGGAACCCCUACGUCGCGGCCUGUCCUUGUCCUCCUGGACAGAAAUGUUGAUCUUACACCGAUGCUUUCACAUGGCUGGACCUACCAACACCUGGUACAUGAUGUUCUAAACAUGAAGCUGAACCGCAUUACAAUCGAGACGCCCGUCGAUGAGUCAAAACCUGAGAAGGGAGUUACGAAGAAAGCGUACGACCUGACGGCCAAUGACUUCUUUUGGUCCAAGAACUCGGGUCUGCCAUUCCAAGAAGUGGCAGAAGACAUCGAUGCGGAGCUGAACCGAUACAAGGAGGAGUCAGCCGCUAUCACAAAGAAGACCGGCAUAUCAGAUCUCGAGAAUCUUGAGAUGGACACGAGUGCCAGUGCUCAACAUCUCAAGGCCGCGCUCACAGUACUUCCGGAGCUCAGGGAACGGAAGGCUGUCUUAGACAUGCACAUGAACAUCCUGGCUGCCAUCUUGAGUGCGAUUCAAAAGCGAGCUUUGAAUGAAUACUACUCAAUAGAGUCGAAUGUGAUGAAACAAACGAAAGCACAGAUCCUGGACUUGAUUAAGGACAAGGAAAAGGGCGACACCGCGUUGGACAAGUUGCGUCUCUUCGUCGUCUGGUUCCUCAGCACAGAAACAGAUAUCGGCAGGGCAGAGUGGCAGCAGUUUGAGGAAGCCCUCACGGCAGCGGGGGUCGACGGCACCUGUCUGCCAUACAUAAGACAAGUCCGUGCUACGACGAAGAUGACACAACUCACAACUCUGGAUUCCUCCACAGCUCAGCAGCAGCCAUCAGCAUCCUCAGACCUCUUCAACCGCUUCUCAAAUAUUUCUUCGCGGCUCACAGAUCGCCUCAAGGAGACAGGCGUACCAACAGGCGCCCUUUCAGCCAAUUUCGAUUCGAUUGUCGGUGGACUGAAGAAUUUCCUCCCCGCAAAUCAAGACCUUACCAUCACCAAAAUCGUCGAGUCCAUCAUGGACCCGUCCAGUGCCGCUUCGUCGGCCAUAGCCAAGACAGAGAACUACCUCUACUUCGAUCCGCGAAGUGACCGCGCAAGGGGCACUUUGCCACCGCCCUCUACUCUGCGAGCCGGGGGUGCCGCACCAGGUGCGAUGCCAGGCAGCGCGAAUCUCGGGCCAGGAUCAGGAGCAUCUUUCGGGCAGAGAAGACAGGGUUUCUCGGAGGCUGUCGUGUUCACGGUGGGCGGUGGGAGCAUGGAUGAGUAUGGCAACUUGCAAGAAUGGAUAAAACGUACGGCAGGCAGCGGGGACCGGACGAAGCGAAGGAUCGUGUAUGGAAGUACGGAGCUCGUCAAUGCUGCCGACUUCAUCAAAGAGGAACUGGAGAGGUUGGGACGAGAGGUGCAGUAG